AUUGGAAAAAGGUAUUUCAAAACCACGAACCUUAGACAACUCAUACAAUUUCUUCAUUCCCGAGCGUCGAGACGGAUCAUCAGAAUGCCAUUGGUACGAAAUCCUAUCCUCCCAGGGUUCAAUCCUGAUCCCUCGAUCUUGAGGGUGGGAGAAAAUUACUACAUUGCUACGUCAACAUUCGAAUGGUUUCCUGGUGUUCAAAUCCAUCAUUCAACAGAUCUCGCAAAUUGGAGCCUUGUAGCCAGACCGCUCAACCGGAAAGCUCAGUUGGACAUGCGGGGAGAUCCUGACAGCUGCGGGGUUUGGGCGCCUUGUCUGACACACGAUGGCGAACGCUUCUGGCUGGUUUAUACGGACGUGAAGCAAAAGGAUAACUCCUUUAAGGAUACCCAUAACUACAUUGUUCAUUCCGAAUCUAUUGAAGGACCUUGGUCAGACGGGAUCUACGUUAAUUCAUCGGGAUUUGACCCAUCUCUUUUCCACGACAAUGAUGGGAAGAAGUGGUUCAUCAACAUGCUGCAGGACCACCGCCGGCGGCCACGAUUCUUUGCCGGCAUUAGGCUACAACAAUGGGAUCCAAUAACCGAGAGACUGAUCGGGCCAACGAAAAACAUCUUUGCUGGAACGAAAUUGGAUUUAGUAGAAGGACCGCAUCUCUACAAACGUAAUGGAUGGUACUACCUGCUCACAGCUGAAGGUGGUACAGCUUACGACCAUGCUUGUACACUAGCGCGUUCGCGUGAUAUCUGGGGUCCAUAUGAGGUUCACCCCCAAAACCCGAUUCUUUCCUCUGCAAAUGCACCAUUUGCCGCCCUACAGAGAGCUGGUCAUGGAGAUAUCGUAGACACCCCCGACGGAAAGACGUACUUGGUCCAUCUGAGCGGUCGACCUACCACCCAACGACGACGCUGUGUUCUUGGGCGCGAAACCGCCAUACAAGAGGCAUAUUGGAGUGAAGAUGACUGGUUGUACGUGAAGAAUGGACCUGUUCCAUCGUUGCAUGUAGAUCUGCCUGGUACACAUGAUGAUUCUAAUUACUGGGCUGAGAAACAUUACACGUUCGACGGCACCAAUGGCCUCCACUCAGAUUUCCAAUGGUUACGUACCCCAGAACCUGAGCGCAUUUUCCAGAUCAAGGACAGGCAACUGCAACUCACCGGCCGUGAAUCAAUUGGGUCUUGGUUUGAACAAUCGCUUGUUGCACGCCGUCAAACACACUUUUCGUACGACGCGGAGACAGUAGUUGACUUCUCACCGACUGACGAAAGGGAGUUUGCUGGGCUGACUGCGUACUACUGCCGCUACAACUACUUUUAUAUCACCAUAACCGCAGAUUCGGACGGCCAACGCGAGCUCCUGAUUCUAAGUUCCGAGGCCUCCUGGCCAGAAGGCAAAAUGAGCUUGCCAUUGUCUGAUCCGGUCAAAAUACCAAAUGACGGGAAGAUCAAAUUGACUCUCAGCAUUCGAGGGAAGCAGCUCCAAUUUUAUUACGGCUUAGGCGAACAGUCAGAAGUGCAGGAAAUUGGGCGCAUCUACGACGCCUCCAUUCUUUGCGAUGAAUGCGGAGGUCAUCAAGCACAUGGAAGCUUUACCGGUGCUUUUGUUGGGGUCGCAUGCUCCGACAUCAAUGGCACUGGGCGUGUGGCCAAGUUUGAUUAUUUCACUUAUCGUCCCGUGGAGCAUGAAUCAGACAGGUAUGAAGUGUAACUUGGUGUUCAUUGCCUUCACCGGCCGGUGCUCAAGCAGUUGUAUUUAGUAACUGGAUAGAGCGUUAAAAACCGACGUAGC